GGUCCGUUUCCAGUAACAAUUGCGAACUCUCAUGGAGGAUUCUGGGAUUCUGCCGUAACCUCGCUAAGCUGCGACUGAGAUAUCUUGGGCAAAAUCAAUCGGUCCGUUUCCAGUAACAAUUGCGAACUCUCAUGGAGGAUUCUGGGAUUCUGCCGUAACCUCGCUAAGCUGCGACUGAGAUAUCUUGGGCAAACUCACUCGGAAUUUCGCUGGGUAAUGUUGAACAUUAUCUCCCUGUUGCGUUAGACAAAACCCAAAUCAAAUAGGUUUUGGCAUCGGUUACGGAGUACGACUGUCCCGAAUUGCCGUGGUCUCGGGAAUCGUGGGCCUCGAGUCGGUAAAUAGGCCGCAGCGCGCGCGAAGCAGAAGCCACCCUUAAUCAAGAGGCUAAGCUAGGUGAAACUCUGGGAGGGCGCUUUGACCCUAUAUCAAUGGCCGAUUUUGGUAAGGAGAGGACCAGAAGUGGAAGAACCGGGGACGAUUGCCGGGUUCCCAAAUGCUUGCCGAACAGGCCUGCGUCUGCGGGAGCGAUGCUAACGGGAGGAAUGGUUGAUCACUCCCGACCACGCCAAUAUCAGUCAUGUUGGGUGUCAAUCAGAACACCGACCUCUGUGGUUUUGCACGUGGCCAAGGUGGCCAGUUCCAGAAUCAAGCUCACAAAAGGCACGCUAGAGGAUUGGAAGCAGCUCGGCGCUGAUCAAACAAAGGAGCGAAAACAGCCGACAAUGCUAGAGCAAUUCAUCAGUCCAGAUGGGCCUCGACUGGCCCGAUUACCAAUUCCCCGAGCCGCCCACGGGCCGGAUGGAGAAGCUGACAUGAGAAGGAUCAUGUAUUCGUACAUCGUAGAAGCUCGUAGUCCUUCAAUUCGGUUGGCGAAAUGCCAAGGACAGGCAAUGGACAAGGUACCUCUAACGAUUGUACCAUGGUUCUUUAGCCCCAUCUCGAAACAACACGCGGCCCUAACGCCAAUUUGUGCCUAGGCGAGGUCAAGCCAGAUGGUGCCCACUCAUCGGACAGGGGGUUGAUCGAA